AAAAAAAAGAAAAGGAAACCGGCUGCUUCCCUUCUCUCUCUCAGUCCCGGUUGCCAUCCUCUGAUCUCACUCUCGCCUGGCUGAGAGCGGAAGGAUUUUCGUGAGAUUCAGUAGGAGAACGAGAAAGGCGUGUCGUUAUUCAAACGGAGAACGGAUUUUCAUCUCCGAAGUUGGGUCCCAUUUGACCCCAAUUCGGCCCCAUUGCAGCUCCUUGAACUGCAGGCUGCAGCAGUUUGCCCCAAGGUGGGAGGGGAUCACCUUCGUCCGUGUUUCAGUUCCGGAUCAUCAACUCUUGAGGAGGAAUCCAACUCCGAGACAGUCCAAGGACCUAGGAGACCAUUCCGACACCUUUUGAUUUGAUGGCAGAUUGAAUCGAAGAGGCAGCGAACAACUUGGGGGAUUUUGGUUUGUCUCAAUAGAGAGAUCAGAAAUUCAUCAGAAGAUCCUUGGACCCGGUUGUUAUUUUCGUUCUUGAGCUCACUUGUUGCAAAGAAGGUGGUGGUAGCAGGAUGGGUCUACUCAGCAUUAUCCGGAAGAUCAAAAGAAAAGAAAAAGAAAUGCGGAUUUUGAUGGUAGGUCUGGACAAUUCGGGGAAGACAACGAUAGUGAUGAAGAUCAAUGGGGAGGACACCAGCGUCAUUAGCCCGACACUCGGCUUCAACAUCAAGACCAUCUCCUAUCAGAAGUAUACCCUUAACAUAUGGGAUGUGGGAGGUCAAAAAACGAUCAGAUCAUACUGGAGGAACUACUUUGAGCAAACAGAUGGCCUUGUCUGGGUAGUUGAUAGUUCAGAUCUCCGAAGGCUAGAUGACUGCAGAAUGGAAUUGCACAAUCUUUUAAAGGAAGAGAGGUUAUCAGGAGCAUCUCUUCUCAUAUUUGCAAAUAAGCAGGACAUUAAAGGUGCUCUCACUCCAUCAGAAAUCACAAAAGUGCUGAAUUUGGAAGCAAUGGACAAGAGCAGGCACUGGAAUAUUGUGGGAUGCAGUGCUUACACAGGAGGGGGUCUUCUCGAGGGAUUUGAUUGGUUGGUUCAGGACAUCGCCUCUCAUAUCUAUAUGCUUGAUUAGCAACCAUUGGGUUCACUUGCUCACCAUCUGAUCCUGUCAACUUCAAUAUAGAGUGAAAUUCUUUAGUCAAAUUUGUAAUUUGGAUCAAAAUUGUGUCAGUUUUAGAGUGAUCGUGGUGAACUUCAAGGUGUAAUGGCUGAUUCUGAGCAAAAAGCAUCCUGAUGAAUUUGUACUUACAACUUCAAUUGUUUAAAAAAAAAAAAUUAAAUGCA